CAGUGAUUAGUGGUCCGGUUCUGUUUUAUUUAUUAAUGCACGCAAAAGAGUUUAUUUAUAGCCGAGGAUCGAAUCAUUCAAGUUGCAACAUUGCCACUUUCAGUCGCAUUUAUUGGGACACUCUGCUGUAUGGCUGGAAUUUAUGUGUCAAUGCACCUGGCGAAAAAAGUUGAACAUGCGGCACUUGAAAAUGUGGAAAAAAGGCGAAAGCUGUAAUAUUCGUAUUUUAAAAAAAUGGAAGCUGCACGUGACAGUGGCACUCGUUUUAUUUACACGACAAGUGGCAAUUACAAAAAUCCGCUGGCAGUCACUGCUCAUUUCGCUGCAAGUCGAGUGGCAUUAAAAUGUUGCCAUUUUCAUACACAUCUGCCCCGAUUGCUCUUGAAAAGCAAUCCACAUAUAAAUCGAAAUCCCCCUAAAUUCCAAACUAUAUUCUCCGAUAAUUGUUUGGCUUUGAUUUGUGCUCACUGAACAUGGUUUUGGCUUGCGAUUGAAGAUUCGGGCCUUAAUCGUUAGGAAUGUCUGUUGGCCAACCGUUUUGGUCCAAUCAAAUCAGCAGCAGAUGCAGCUCUUUUUAUUGCCUUAUUGAUGCAAUUGUUUACAUGUGUAAUUAAGUUACCAGUAGCCCAGUAAAUGUGUUGAUGAUGUGAACAAAUUUAUCUGCCAUAAUAUUUGCAUGUGUUUAAGCCGAGUAUUUUAUUUUUUUUUUUGUAGCCAUUAUUGUUAUUACUAUGGCCGAGAUUCGCAGGAUGUUGGACUCUGGCUCAGUCCGGUCGUAAAUAUUUAUGCUACAGCCGUAUUGUUGUCGGAAUUAAAACGGCAAACAUGACACUCGAAAAAAUAAUAAAGCAAUCAGUUAAGCGCAGCCACUGUGCGGGUAAUUAUAUAAAUUGUUUGCUUAUGCCAACGGAACUCCUUUUGUGUUCGCUUGCAUGUUUAUUUAUUUGCUCAGUCCGAGUGUUCGAGUGCAAUGAAAUUUUAUGUGCUUAUAGUUGUGCUUAGCAUUAUAUUAAAAUAUGCAUCAAUGUUUACAAGCGCCUCGGAUGAUGUCAAUUGCGAUAAAAACACGCUCGUAAACGCUCGCACGUUACGCAUACGCCAUGUCAUGCAGGAACCUCAACGACAACGUCGCCAUUUUGCCUAGAUGUUGUCAAACAUGGCCAGACAAGGAGCGCCGGACAGGAACACCUCACUCAUUGGCCAAACCAGGGGCGGGGACAACAGGGAGCCGAAAACCUCACACCAGUGAUGACAGCUUUAUGCUCCUCAAGUGGGAAAGUCUUUCGAGAAUCAUUAAAAAGUGCAGAAUGGAGCCGAGUCAGUGGAGUAGCGGAAUGCGAAAGCGAAGCACUUGCGAAUGUGGAUGAGGAUGUGGCUGCCGUGCCAGAAGACGUGGGAAGAUGUGCUGUCCUGUGGGCGUGGGUUUCGAUGGGAACGGAGGAGUUGAAGGUGCGCCGAGCAGAGAGGGCAAGUGGCGAAUUUAUUGCCCAGGGAAGCAUAUCGUGGCGCGACGUCUCCCGAGGAUCCGAGUGCCUUCGCGGCGGCUGCAACAUGUCGCAAAGUUGUCGAAGCAGGGACUAA